UUGCGAUUGUUUGCGAUUCGAUGUCUGCCUUGAUCGCUUCUGGUCGCCUCGCGGUCCGCCUUUACUAUUGCAUAGGUCAUAUGAUUCUGUCAAUCGGUUAGAUCGGUCUUACGCGAAAUUGACAAGUUGUCAGUGUGCACCAAUUGUCAUUCCUGUCAGCGAUUAUCGGGCACGUUUCACGUAUACGUAAUACGUAUGCGAGUGAGUGUGAACGGUAGAAAACGCGGCAGUUAACGACGCAGGUUCUUCGUGCUCCGAGAAAAUGUCACUUUUUGGAGUAAGCAAUCCCUUUUCUACGCAAGUAGGACAAAAGAUCGAGUCUGCUACAGAUGGUAGCUUACCCAGUGAGAAUUGGACGCUUAAUAUGGAGAUAUGUGAUAUUAUAAAUGAAACCGAGGAUGGGCCAAAAGAUGCUAUUAAAGCUAUAAAACGCAGACUUAAUCAGGCAGCGGGCAAAAAUUACACCAUAGUCAUGUAUACGCUUACCGUAUUGGAAACGUGUGUGAAAAAUUGUGGGAAACGUUUUCAUGCUCUUGCUUGUUCGAGAGAGUUUGUGCAAGAUUUAUUUAAAUUAAUCGGUCCCAAAAAUGAACCACCGACAGCAGUUCAAGAGAAAGUUUUAAGUUUAAUCCAAACUUGGGCAGAUACAUUCCGUCAUCAGCCGCACACUCAAGGUGUUGUGCAAGUUUAUCAAGAAUUAAAGAUGAAGGGCAUACAGUUUCCAAUGACUGAUCUAGAUGCUAUGGCACCAAUCAUCACUCCAGAAAGAAGUGUACCUGAAACAGAGCAAAUUCCGGCAACUCUGGCUACAAAUGAGCAACCCGCGUCUUUGGGAACGCAACAUUUACCUUCUCAAACAUCACAGUCUGGCCAAUUAACUCAAUUGAGCGAACAACAAUUGGCCAAAUUACAAAGUGAACUCGAUGUUGUUCAAGGAAAUAUGCGUGUGUUAUCGGAAAUGUUGGCGCACUUUACAAGUCCAGAUCAAAGUUGCAAGCAACAACCAGAUUCUGCGGAUCUUGAGUUAUUGAACGAACUUCAUUCGACGUGUAAAGCAAUGCAAGAACGUGUUGUCGAUUUAAUUGGUAAAUUGGCCCAUGAUGAAAUGACAGCAGAACUAUUACGCAUUAAUGAUGAAUUAAAUAAUCUCUUUCUUCGUUAUACGCGUUAUACGAAGAAUAAAAUGCAAGUACCGGCGAGCACUAUAUUAGCCCAGACAAUUGCACAACCACCGAUUGCUGAAUCGAUUCAAACUCUUACUAAACGAGAAGCGGAAUCACUUAUAGAUUUAUCUGAUGAUGUGGAUAAUUUAACAAAACAAAUGAAUGAACUCGAUGCGGCUGAAGGUGGAGACAAAAACGCAAAACAAAAGGAGAAAAAAGAAGGGGAUAGUGAUGAAUUUGAUAUGUUUGCACAAUCGCGUAAUGCAACGUACGAAACAACAAAAAAUAGUGGCAGCAAGUACGAAGAUAAUUUGGAGCAGGUGAGAGGAGGGAGUUUAAGUACGGCAAUUCUCAACCGCAAUAAUCCUAAAUUACCUCAACAGACUACUACUAGUGCUAGUCCGAACCUGGAAUCUGAAUUCAAUGAAAUGGCAGCCUGGUUAGAUCGCACACCUGGAGGACAAGGUGAUCAAGAAUCCCUAACAUCAUCGGAAUUUGAGCGCUUCUUAGCAGAACGUGCAGCCGCGGCUGAAGCUUUACCAACGCUCCCUACAGCCACAACUGCCACCUCGAAUUCUUCGACUACCGGAAAUCAGAACAUUCAGCGCCAAAUUAACAAAGAUCAAGAUAAAUCUUUAUUCGCACUUUAAGUACCUUAAAAUUAUCUGUUGUAAAAUGGGAGGUUAAAUUUACUUGGGACUGCCGUGCUAUUUUAAACGGCACGUAUCUACGAUUUUUCCCUCUGUUUAAAUCACGCUCCCAACAUCGUCGAUAAUUUAAGCUACGGAUUUGUAUUUUUAAGAUAAGGGGCUGAGAAAUAAAAUAGAAAAAUACAGUAGAGUAUACACAUGAAAAAUGCUUGUGCUUGUACGUACUUAAUAAGGUAACUGAUCGUAUGCAAUCAUGUCUGAGAUAUUGUUUCAGUUAUAAAAUUGUGGUCAUACACACACGUAUAAAUGAUAGACAAGUUGCUUUAAAGUUGUUCUCUGAAUCAUUGCAAUUGAUUAUUAUAUGUAAUAAUAGCAUGUUAAGGAUUAGUUUAUAUUUGUACAUAAGCAACAAUGCGUCCAUGGAAAAAAAAUCCAGAUUAUACAAUAUAUCGCAACAGUUUUAUUAUGAUAAAUUUUGUCUCGAAAUGGCGAAUUAAGCGUGAAAUUCGCAAUUAGAUGAAAUUCUCGGAUUGAUGGACGAUAUCUGGACGAGUAUCCAAUUGAAUAAUCAAUCUUAUCUAUAUAUUGAUAAACUAUUUUUCUAUGUUGAAGUAAAUUUUGUCUCAGCUGUUUGACAUUCUAUAUACAGAGAUACAUUUUACAGAUUUAUUAUUAUUUUUACUAUUGUAAUUCUUACUAUUGUAUAGAGACUU